AUGGCAAAUAAGGCCCCAAAACAGCAUUACACACGCAUAUGCACAUCUAUCUAUCUACCUAUCUAUCUAUCUAUCUAUCUAGCUAUCUAUCUCAGUCUCUUCAUAUCUAACUUUCUAUCUAUCUAUCUAUCUCUCUCUAUCUAUCUAUCUAUCUAUCUAUCUAUCUAUCUAUCUAUCUAUGUCAUAAUCCAAGUGGUUCUUUUUAAAAUAAAACAUUAUCUAUCUAUCUAUCUAUCUAUCUAUCUAUCUAUCUAUCUAUCUAUCUAUCUAUCUAUAUAUAUGCUAAAACGAAAACUAUCUAAAUCUGUUCAUUAUCUAUCUAUCUAUCUAUCUAUCUAUCUAUCUAUCUAUCUAUCUAUGUUCUAUCUAUUCUGUUCAUUAUCUAUCUAUCUAUCUAUCUAUCUAUAUUCAUCUAUCUAUCUAUCUAUCAUUCUGUUCAUAUCUAUCUCAUUCUAUUCAUCUAUCUAUCUAUCUAUCUAUCUAUCUAUCUAUCUAUCUAUCUAUCUAUCUAUUAGUAUUUGUUCUUCUAUCUAUCUAUCUAUCUAUCUAUCUAUCUAUCUAUCUAUCUAUCUCAAUUUUAUAUAUCUCAAUCAGCAAUCUAUCUAUCUAUCUAUCUAUCUAUCUAUCUAUCUAUCUAUCUAUCUAUCUAUCUAUCAUAGUCUGUUAAUAUCUAUCUAUCUAUCUAUCUAUCUAUCUAUCAUAGCUUUUCACAUCCGUCUAUGUAACUAUAUAUCUCAAUCAGCAAUCUAUCUAUCUAUCUAUCAUGGAUUUUCACAUCUAUCUAUGUAUGUAAUUAUCUAUAUGAAUCAGCAGUCUAUCUAUCUAUCUAUCUAUCUAUCUAUCUAUCUAUCUCAGUGUUCUCUAUGUCGUUAUCUCUUUCUCUUUUCCCUCUCUCUCUCUCUGUAUCUCUCUUUCUGUAUCUCUCUGUAUCUCUCUUUCUCAUUGUAUCUCUCUCUCUCUCUGUAUCUCUCAUUCUCUGUAUAUCUCUUUCUGUGUCUCUCUCUGUAUCUCUCUUUCUCUUUCUCUGUAUCUCUCUCUCUGUAUCUCUCUCUUUAUCUUUCUUUCUCUCUUUCCCCCUCUCUCUCAGUAUCUCUCUGUAUCUCUUUCUCCCUGUAUCUAUCUCUUUGUAUGUCUCUCUCUCUCUGCAUCUCUCUUUCUCUCUCUCUGUGUAUCACUCUCUCUGUAUCUUUCUCUCUGUAUCUUUCUCUCUGUAUCUCUAUCUCUCUCUCUAUCUCUCUAUCUCUCUCUGUAUCUCUCUCUCUGUAUCUCUCUCUGUAUCUCUCUUUCUCUCUCUCUUUCUCUCUCUCUGUGUAUCUCUGUAUCUCUCUGUCUGUAUCUCUCUUUCCCUCUCUCUUUCUCUCUCUGUGUGUAUCUCUCUCUCUGUAUCUCUCUCUGUGUAUCUCUCUCUCUCUGUAUCUCACUCUGUGUAUCUCUGUAUCUCUCCCUCUCUGUCUCUCUCUCUCUGCCUCUCUCUCUCUGUAUCUCUCUCGCUGUAUCUCUCUUUCUCUCUGUAUCUCUCUCUCUGUAUCUCUCUCUCUGCAUCUCUCUGUAUCUCUCUCUGUAUCUCUUUCUCUCUCUCUGUGUAUCUCUGUAUCUCUCUCUCUGUAUCUCUCUUUCUCUCUCUCUUUCUCUCUCUCUGUGUAUCUCUCUCUCUCUGUGUAUCUCUCUCUCUCUGUAUCUCUCUCUGUGUAUCUCUCUCUCUGUAUCUUUCUCUGUGUAUCUCUGUAUCUCUCCUUCUCUGUCUCUGUCUCUCUGUAUCUCUCUCUCUCUGUAUCUCUCUCUGUAUCUCUCUCUGUGUCUCUCUCGCUGUAUCUCUCUUUCUCUCUCUCUCUGUAUCUCUCUCUCUCUGUAUCUCUCUCUCUGUAUCUCUCUCGCUGUAUCUCUCUUUCUCUCUGUGUGUGUAUCUCUCUCUCGCUGUAUCUCUUUCCCCACUCUCUCUCUUUCUCUCUGUAUCUCUUUCUCCAUUCCUUGAAGUUUUUAAGUAACGGGAAAUUCCAUUUCACCCGUGGCUUUCUCUCCUGUCGCAUGACAGCCGACGCCCGAGACGAAAUCACCCAACGGCCUACGAAUCACGAAAUGCAAAUAACUCUCAACCACCAACGACUAAACACGUUAAAUCACUAA